AUGCUUAUUUGGGUCAAGAUUGAUGUUCAUGUCGAAGUAGACGAGAGUAGAACGACUGAUGCAAACUACUCGUUUUUGUUCUACCAACAUGUACACUACCCGUAUCAUCGUGACCCUUGUCAGCUUCACACGCCGUACCCAUCUGGUGGUAAAACCCAUGCCGGCACCGUCAUACCGAACAGUGCUUACACCAAAAGGCAGCGUCGCUUACAGUGCAACAGUCAAAAGAAGCAGCAGUUUUGA